UCCAAGAUGGUGGGAAAGAAAGGCAAAGGGAAAGGGAAAACCACUGGGCCGGUGGCCCAAGGUGUAAUGUCUGCCCCAGUGUUCACAGCUGUCCCACAGUCCCGUGCAGUCUCAGCCACCAUGCCUGCUGGGGGUUCCGCACCAUCCCAGAGGCCGAGAGCGUCGUCUCCUCCCAGGAUUCUGGGCCAUCCAGAGUCUCCGAGGGAUGAAUUUAGUGAACCAGAGAGUAGCCUCUUUGACUACCAGCAAAUAGAUGAGCUAGGGUAUAGCAAAGUGAACUUCGGUACCUGGCCAAACAGAGAUAGGCAGAGGAAAGGAGGGAACACGGUACCACCUCAAUUUCGCUACUCUGGCAGUGUGGGACACUAUGCCGAACCUGGAGAUUUAGAAGGAUUUGGUGACCCAGACUCGGCAAGGGGAGGUGGAGGAGAUAUCAGUGACCUGUACGCUACACCAAUGAAAAAAGGCAAAGGAAGAGGGAAAUCUAGUACCCGAAGUUCAACUGGAAGUCAUUUGGAAAAUGACAUCGUUUCCAUGACUGCCACGCACAAGAAUGUUCAGGCUGAAAUGCAGAGAAUACAUGACCUACCUGAAGCCAUAGAUGACACUAUGGUGAAAAGUGUUCGUCACAAUGCCCACAUUUCUCACACCUUUCCUGGCUCUGGUCGGCAAGUGGACAGUGGCCGGGGGUCUUCUCGACCAGAUAGCCUAAUGGAAGACCCCGAGGAAGAAAACACGGAGGCUCCCGGGUCCCGAGAACUCUCUCCAGAUUUGCUCAACAUGUCAGAUCGGACGGCGAAUGGUCAGCGGAAUGGUGUACACAACGCCCUUCAAGACCUGGAGGCCCGACCAGGAGAAGAUGUAGAGGAAGAGAGUGGCCAUUUCUAUGUCAACAGAAAAGGGCGGAAUGUUGGCCUUGUUGAUAAUGAGACUAUUGAGAAUCUGAUCAAAGCUAGUUCAGCGACGUCGAGUCAACAGCAGGCAAAGCCGACAAGGGCACGGUCAGCUCGCAGCCGGACCCCUCGCAGUGCACGAGAGCUCUCCACAGAGAUGGAGUUUCAACAGCUCAAACUACAGAAUGAAGAAAUGCAAGCUGAGUUGUCAUCUUUACGCAAAGUGGCAGAAGCCAUCAGAGAUGGGGAUAUUGAAGGGGCCCAGACCCUGUAUGUACGGAGACAGAUGGAGGAUUUGAAAGAGGAGAAUGAGACGCUAAAGACAAGCGUUCAUCGACUCAAUGUUGAGCUGAGUGACUACCAGGCCAAAUACAGGCCAGUUGACCCAAACCAUGUCAAGAAGGUUAUAGAAGUAAAUGGACUUCCUUCCAAGGGACCUGUCCCGUCUUGGUUGAUCAACAAGAGGUACCUGGCACCUCUCUACUUGGCAUAUGAUGAUCACAUCGAAGAAAAGAACAAACUUCUGGAGGAUUCCAAGAAUGAGUUGGCUUCUCUGAGAAAGAGAGCAGAAGAAAUCUUGAAAGAGAACCAGCGACUCCGCAUGAUGGGUGGACCGGGACUGAGUGGAGCUGGAGACACUUCUGAGUGGCAACAGCUGCAGGAGCAGGCCCGUCUGGUGCUGGAGGAGAACCAGGUGCUGAUGGAACAGCUGGAAGUCCAGACCAGCAAGGCCAAGGACAUGUACACCGCGCAUAUGGCCGAGAUCUCAAGACUGGCAAAGAAAUUGGCGAUAUCAGAAGGGGAGAAGGCAGAUACAGAGAGAGAGGUGGAGGAAGUAAGAGUUCGCUUCAAGGAAAUGAAACAUAAACAUGACCAAAUAGUCAUGGAGUCAGGGGCUCGAGUAGACGUUCACUCACAUAUCAAUACACUGGCAGAUCUGAAACGGUCUGUCACAGAGGAGAAGGAGCAAUACGAAAGAGAGGUUGAUUCCAUUCGUGUAAAGCUUCAGGCAUCAGAACAGGAGAGGAAGAGUCAAGCUAUGCAGAUGGUGGACAUCACUGCAGAAAACAAGAGACUGAAGGCUGAGGUGAAAACAAUGCAAAAGUCAGUCAAGCAUGCACAACAGAAAAUGACAGUCCUUCACAGAGCUAUAGAACUUUCUGAAGACAAAGAAAUGAUCACACAGGAACAGCUUGCAAAUGUCAUUAAAGUGGCUGAGAAGACAGCACUGGAGAGGGACACUGUGUACAAAGUGGCACGGGAGCAGCAGGAAGAGAACAAGAUGACGGUCAACAAAAUGAUGCUUGGCUCUGUGGCUGUGGGAAAACUGGAAGAAAAACUCAAGCUUUACAGAAUGAAAGCAUCAGCGAAAAUCAACACAGUCGCUGACAGGAUGAAGGAACAAGAUGAGGCGUUUGUCAGCCAGAAAAAGGAAUAUGACCGGGAGAUCCAGUACCUGCGUUUGCUCCUGAAAGAGAAGGAAGAAAUAAUCCAGUCUUUAGAGAGCGACAAAAAAGAAAUUGAAAAGGAUUUAGACACAAUGUGGCAAGCUGCCAACUCGGAGAACAAGAGAGUGAAAAACAUUCUUCUAAGUGGUGGCCGGAAGCUCAAAGAUAAUGUCCACAUUGCAGAUGCCUUGAAGGAGGAGCUCGAGACUGAAGAACGCUUACAUUUUUCUGAUAGUGAAUACGAUCAUGAAUGACCUCUUUUUAUGUAUAGAUAGGAACAUGCUCUUUUACUCUAUGCAAAUUUAGAGAAAAACUGGUUACUUAUGAUGUUGCUUGUUGAUGGGGGUUUUUGGACACAAUUUAGGUCUUUUAGUAGGUGGGUUGCUUCAAGUAGUUCAACUCUGCUUAUCAGGGCUAACUCAGGCUGAGUGGGACGCAAUAACCGAGCAGACAGACGAAGAUACUCAAUUUUUAAAAAUUCACCUUUCAGGAAAUGAACUUCUCUUGCAAUCUAUAGCAAAGAGCCCAACCAUUGCAUCACAGAAGAUGGUGUUCUUUUGUGCCAAAAUUUUAAGGAGACAAUGAGAAGUUCAUGUAAAUUAUAUAUUAAUCAUUUUAUAUAAACAGGCAAUACUGAGAGCUCCUCAUGGACUUGAGUUCUCUCAAGGGUAGUUCCUCAGCACCUUAGUAGAGGUUAGAGUUUAGAGUAGAAACUGGCGUGUGUUCAGAUUUGCAAAUAUGGCAGACGUGAUGUACCAAUACUGCUUCAAUAUUUAAAAAAAUAGAAUUCCCAAGUCUUUGCUGUGAUAUUUAUUUUAAAUGCUGAUGUUGUUAAUGCUGCACUGAAAAAUACUUCUUCAAAAUGUGGAUAGGGACGUUUUUUUCUUUGUACUUCACCGAAGUGUGGUGGGAUGACAGAGGGAAAGAGCGAGAUGUGUUUCACCCAGGUGUAAUUAGUCAGUCCACCUGUACCGUCAGGCAUGCGGUGAGGGACAAAUUAAAAGUGCCCUGGAAAAAAAAGUACAGUGGUACACGGAUAACUAAAACACGCCAGGGAUUGACAAAUGUUUUUGGCACUCCAUAAAUCAGGUUAACAAAUAAAAAAAAUUAAUUAAAAGAGACAUCUGUCAGUCAGGGAAUGGAAAAUUGUACAAGCUAUCCUUGAUUUCAAGUUUUCAGUGUUUUUGUUAUCUGUGCCCAGCUAUACAUGGUCAUAGGGGUGUAUCCCUUUGUUGUAACUACAUGUAGUCUGUAGACCAACAAGUAACCAGUCAGAAAUCUGAAAAGGAGUUUCAUGCCAGUUGUAGCUACUUUAUUCUGUACAUUUUGUAUACUAUUAUUACUGUAUAAAUGCAUCAUGUGUACUUUUCUCAUGCUUUUUUCCUUCUGGCACCGUGUGAUGUUAAUAUGUGUAUAAUACACAUUUGAAAUUUAACAAGAUGAAACUUAUGUUACAUCAUAUUACCUGUAAUAUUUUAUUAUAAAAUCCGUCCGUGUUUUAUGGUGCUACUGUUACUCUAUCAAUGGUGUUUUCCAUUCAUUCCAUUUAUAAAUAAUAUGUAUAUGAAUCUGAACGAGUAUACAAGAACCAUGUGCAGUAGAGUCACUUAUAUAUUAUGAAUGAAUACUUGUUGGCACCCCCGCGCCACCAGACCAGCUUCAUAACCCUACCGAAACGGCUCGAAAGAAUCACGCUUGAUGCUGUGAACUGGUUAUAAAUCAUCUUUGUUCCAAAAGGUAGCGUCCAACCUGUUGGGGUUCAUUGUCCAAUUUCUCCUCUUUUUAUUGGAAAUGGUUCUGGUCUCUCACUCUGGUCUUGGUAAGCUGAGAUGCAGACUCCACUUUUUUCAGUGCUGCCAACAUAUUAUUAAUAUUAUGUAAGCAAGACUGAAGAAUAGACAGUUUGUGUUUUUAUAAAGAGGAAGCACCAGUCUUUAAUGUGUGAUGGGUCAUAAAUUUUCAGAAUAGUAGUUCAGUUCUUCAGAACAAGUUUGGUCUAUGACUAUUGUAGUGUAGGUUCUGCUACCGGAGACUCCCGAGAAUCCAGAGCUUUCUGUAUCACAGGAAGGUUAGCGUUUUUCUCACGUGAGCUUAAUGAGGGCCUCCAGGAUCUAUAAAUAGGGCCCUUGGGAUAUCCACCAUUCUUGAGUGGCUCAGUGGUGCAUGCUGUGACCUACUCUAUUAAAAUCUUGUGUUUAAAAUUGUUUAUUUGAUUAUUUGUUGAGGGAAUCAGUUGGGGGUUUUUUAACGCAGCUUAUGCACAUGAGAGGACCCUAACUUUUGUCUAAGUUAAGGUUCCCGACUUGCGAAAUGGUCUGGCACACGCACCACUGAUCUUAGUUACUCAAACUUGAAAGUGUCUUGUCCAAGUAGAUGUAUAACUUAAGAUUUCUCUCGCUGUGAAAGUUAUCUAGAACAUUAUGAUUAUGUGCAAGUGUAGGCCUCAUGUUAUGGAACAAGUUCAGUCCAUUAUGUUUAAAAGUUGGCCUCAUGCUAAGAGGAACAAGUUCAAUCAACUUGUCUAAGAUUAUUUCGAAUUUUAUUUUCGUCUCUUUUGUCAUGUGGCUUGGUAAGCAUAUUUAGCAACAUGGAUGAAUGUAGAGUAGGAGGGAUUUUGACGGAGUGGGUAGUGUUUAUGCCCUUUCAAAGAAAGCAGCUAGACUUAUGAGAAGUAAGUGAAUUCAAUGUAUGGAUUUACCCUUCCAUCACUUUUACGUCUACUAGGAGAAUAUGUACCUCCAUAAGAAAGUAUGUCGUGUGACACAACCCACCCAUGAGUAUGCUCUCUGGUCUAAUGUGAUAAAAUGCUGCAAUGUGCAAUACUCAAUAGAUACUAAUGUUCAGCCUUGUCUUCCAAGGUCAGCAUUCAAAAAGGGCCAACCGUGAAUAUCUGAAUAUGGUACAUGAAUACAUGUUUUGUACAUCAUGUUUGAUUUAAUUUACAUGUACACACUUUGAGCGAGUUUUGAUUUUUAAUCUAGCUUUGUGUCUUCUUCCAAAGUGAUGAAGACAAAGUUAAGAGCAUUUUAUAUUACUAAGAAUACAUGUAUACUUCAGGUUGUAAAUAUACUGUAUAUCUUUUACUCCACGUAUUUACACAUGUUUAUUUAUAAUACAAAAACAACUUGAAAUUCA